AUGGCCCCCUCCAGAAAAUACGAAACCGAGGAAGACAAGCGCCAGGCGAAUUGUCAAAAGAGCAGGCGCUAUUACGACGCGAAUAAGGAUGACAUUAACGCACGUCGGCGAGAGAGUUACGCUAGAAAUAAAAAAAGACGACAGCCAAAGGUUACUGGAACGCAUACAACCCUGCGAGAACCUAACCGCGCGCGUACUGCAAGGAACUACCGCUUGUUACAAUUAGAAUGUAAGCUUGAAGAAGCGGAAAGGCUUUUCCUGCAAUGGCAGCUACGAAUUGGUCCCGACUCUCACACCUUCCUUGAGAAAAUAUGUCAGGAUUUCGUUCGGCUUCGCGAUUCGGAUGACCCUUCCUAUGUUGCAAAGAGGGUCGCGAGGCUUCUGGAGGAUUUCGAACAUUUUCAAGACAGGUUGGAGGGCAUAGCGCGUGAAGUUUCCCUGAUUGAGGGGGGCGAGGCCACUGUGAAAUCGGUGCAAAGUUACUCCAAACCUAUAGUCGACUUAAUCCUGGACCUCGAGGACCUCCGCGACCGGAUGCAGCAAAGCCCAAGCAGGUUCUGUCGAGAAAUUUCCAAAGGUCUGCUGCAGCAUCAAGGACGGUAG